GUAAUGUCAAUUAUUAACUGUAACUGAGUAAAGUAUUUCAUAUCACAACAUUGCAGUCCAACUGAGUCAUCCUGUCUCCUGUAUUCAGAGAGAAGGCAGAAGGCUGUGAUAAGGAACGCCAGAAGUGUGUGGAUAAUAUCUACAGUAUGAUGCUGAUUAUCUAAAGAUCAGAGCAUAUAUUGGACAUGGAUUGGACCUUCUGGAUUUCCAUUCUUGCCCUCCUGAUCAUCUCAGACUAUGUGUCAGGUAAAGACCUACUGAAGCCAGUCAAUCUGAUGGUGGAUAUAUGGGACGGGGAGGUGACGUUGCACUGGGACCCCCCUGAAGGGGCCCCGCCACUGGCUCAGUACCAGGUGCAGAUGGCCAGGUAUGUCAAUAGUAAUUGGACCAAUGUGACCAGCUGUGACAGGACCCAGCUGGCAUAUUGUGACCUGUCCUACCUUAUUGAUGACUUCGUCAUGGUCUACAAGGUCCGGGUUCGACUGGUCACUGAGAACAGCAUCUCUGCAUGGUCACGGUGGAAGAGGUUCAACCCCAGAGAAAGUAAACUGCAGCAUCCCUCCAGUACGCUGUUGGCCACCUCCAGUUCAGUAACAGUCAGUGUUCAUAGGAAGCCAUUACUAAAAAAAAUCUUCCCAUUUGGCCUGACUUACACUAUCUACCUACAGGGAAGAGGACAGGACAACAAGACCGUCAUCCGGCAAUUGAAGGAUGAAGAUGACGAGGAUAAGGCAGAGGUUCAGUUUACGUCUCUUCACUGGGGACAGGAGUACUGUGUCAGCCUCAAAGUUUCAGGCAAUGGAGGAGAAUUCACCAGUGACGUCUCCCCUAAACAGUGCCUCCUGCUGCCAGAGCAAGAGUGGUAUAUCCUUGCUGUGGUGUCCUUCUCCAUACUAUGUGUGAUGGGGGUCCUGGUCAUGCUGGCCCUUUGCCUUUGCUGCUUCCUGAGGCGUCCUGAGAAAAUGCCUGUUGCACUGAAAUCCCCAGGCAGCGGCUGGCAGCCUCUCUGUGUGGGAGAGGUCCCAGUGGAGAUCGUCACAGACAAAGGCUGGUUCAUGAGCACCACCAGAACUGAUGCCAUGGUCUGCUUGGCCGACAAAAUGACUACUCCAGCAGGCAAGGGAGAGCAGGAAGAAGGAGAGGACAGAAGGACGUGUCUGGACAGUGGGGCUUGCACUGAAUCCCACAUUUCUGGGAAUGGAAAUGGAGGAAGUCCGGCAAAGCAAGAAGACAGUGGCUGUGGAAGCCUGGGAGCACCAGAGAGUGCCGUCAGCAGCAGGAGUGGAACUGGAGAGCCCCCCCUGCUGGAUAGGAGGAUUAACACAGACAUCAGCCUGAAAGAGGACAGUGGGGUGGGGCUGGGCUGCCAGUUAGGGUGUGCUGGAAGUCUACAUGGGGAGGACUGUGGAAUCUUGCCUGAGAUGGUAAUGGUCACAGGGGAUGGCUACCGGAGCCAGAGCCCUUCUUCGGUGGAUGCCCAUGUUACUGAGACAGAGCAGAGUUUUCAACAAAUCUCAUGCGAAACAGUUAUUGCUGAUCCUGUUGUGGGAUACAGGUCUGCUCACAUGGCAUGCGUUUGUUUAGGGGCAAGCGAAUGUGUUUGGUGCCAGACAAGAAGACACUAUGAGAGGAGUGUCGAUGGACAGUCUGUAGCCCUAUUUAGUUUUACAGAUGAGCAGCUAAACUGCAGCAAUCUCACAUUUGACAUAUGUGAGAUGGAAUCUACAUGCUCCAGCUAUAAAAAGAACAAUCUCCACAUAGAAACAGUAGUAAACUUGGAGGACUCAGUAACCUUUUCCUACCUGCCUACAUGCAUAGGUGAAUCCUUCCCACUCCUGACGGCUUUAUCAGAGUUGCCCCUAGUGGAGGGAGGACUGAACUGCAACAUGAACACUAUGCUUUUUUCUCUGGGUGAUGUGGAAGUGACAUUUGAUUGACAUGGUCCACGAACUGAGGACACUGUGUGACACACAGAAGGGUUUGUUUAGCCCUCCAGAUUGUGGGGAGUCAUGCAAUAUGUCUACAAACCCUUUGUAUGCCAUUUCAAGUAAACACUCCUUUUCCUAACUGAAAAAAUCAGCAACCAUAACUCUUAUUUGUAGCUAUUUAAGUAUUUUUGGAGCCUUUUUUGGAACCUUUAGUGAAUAAGAUACCAUGUUUAUUCACUUUAGUUAACUCUGAGGAGUCACUUAAAGCAGUCACUGACAUUGUCAACUGUUAUUGACAAAGUGAUGUGCGGCAGAAAGAAAAUAGUGGUUGAGCUGCUUUUCAAAACAGCAGAGAGCAGUUGGCUGCUGGCUGUUGCUGUUUGGUGGGUCUUUAAAGAUUUGAGCAGGAGAUGGGAAACCCAAUUUCUGACAUGCCUUCACCCAUUUCAACUGACAGGAAGCAUUUAACCAGAAGUGGAAAAAGGAGAGAAACUGUUUUGACUUGGUAGAUGGAGCGAGAGGGUGGAUUAUAACAGCAAUACAACAUUUAUAAUAUUAAAGGAUUCUAUAUGCACUCUGUGAAUACACAUUUUACAAGUUAUAAUGUUCGGAUAGUUGUCAAUGUUGGUCAGACUCAUCUGUAAAGUUUUCCACAGAAAAUUCACACAUUUGACAACAUAACCCCCCCCACAGUAUAGAAAAGGAAGCCAACACUGUGUGCACCACAAGUGAGAUAUAAUUUAAUCAAUUUAAACUACAAAUAACCAUAUCUCUUUCUAUCGGGUGGUUUAUAGGUCAAUUAUUACUAAUAACUGCAGCUACUGAAAAUAGAACAGAAUGUAGUUUGGCUUGCAAUAAACUGACGUUAGCUGUGAAAAUGUUAUAACAUUUACAUUUUGCUGUUCAGUUCCCUUCCCUGACUACUCCAUAUGUGACUCCUUGGACAUAUUUACUGGGCUUUGGACUUCACAAUCAUGUAUUCAUUACACUUUCUACAUGUGGACUUAACACAAAUAUGUAUUUAUGAACUGUGUUAAUCUGACGUCAUGUUGUAUUUAGUCUUGUGUUCUUUUUCUGAGGAAGGAUCUGAUAGUAGUAUUUAUUCAUCUCAGUAUGGAAAGAGCAUACAUACAGUAUGUGAAUGAGGUAAAACAGACAUACAGUAUAUAAAUGGGGUUAAACAGACAUUCAGUAUGUGAAUGGGGUUAAACAGAUAUACAGUAUGUGAAUGGGAUUAAACAGACAUACAGUAUGUACACUAUGCGAAGUAGCACUCAAUCUCUGUAUAACAUACAGCAGAGAGAAAGUAAGAGUCAGUCAAAACGAUGAAAAAGGACAGAGUGGGACUGAAAAAGAAACAUCCUCCAGCAUGACAUGGCAUAACACAAAGAUACAUUAGGGAUUCCCACAUGCAAAAAUAAUGAUACUGGGGAGAUUCUGAAUUAGAUUAGUGGUUUUCCCAACUCGAUUCUCAACUAGAUUAGUGGUUACACAGAAUAGAUAGCCACUUCCUCUUUCAGUCUUCCCCUAAGUCUCUGACACUACACUUAAAGUUUUCAUCAGGGGAACACUUUAUCAAAUGACAAGCAGACAACUAUAUUAAUUAACCAUCAUACAGUUUCAUGUAAUACCAUUUAUAGAUUAUAUCCUAGUUUUAUUGAAAUAGAAAAUAUCAGAAUAGAGUACAGGUAUUUGCACUUUCUCACUAAAAUCAAGAGUAUGACCCCACAAAAAGACACUUGACAUUAACAGAAUCAAUGUAGUCCUCACAUGCUGAAUAUUAACUGUCAUUUCACAUGUAUCAAACAUGUGGAAUAUAAUUUCUCUCUCACUUUUUUCCACAUACUGUGAACCAGAGCCCUGGGGGUACCCCUAUAGGCUCUAUCUAUGACUUGCACAGCAGCCAUGACAGUGAGGAGCUAUUGUCUGCUCUAAAAGGGAGCAGAGAUACAAAAAAAUCUCCUCCUUAGAUAACCUGGUAUAUCACCCGUGGCACCAUGCCCUUCUCUCAACCCACAGGGCUGUUAUGGUAAACACACCGCCUUAAACUCUCACCAUCACAAGAAUUUCACUCCAACACACUCAACCACGGAUAAACAAAAACCUACAUUUUAUUUUCAAUGUCUUAUAAGGUUCUUUGAAACUCCCACUACUCCUCUGUCAUGUUUUCUGAUUGCCAUGGGUUUCACAUAAAACAGCAGGGGAAGGGGGAAUUACGCAGAUGAAAAUACAUCAUAUGGUAUCGGGAUAGACCAUGAGUAUGUAAAUGUAGUGGUGACAUGUAGUGCAAUAUAUUCCAAGCAAAGUUGUUGUAUGUCAGAGACCAUCUCCUUCAUCAGAGAAAACUGAUGAUCUGCCUACUGUGAAUAUAUUAACCCUGAUUAUCACUAAUAUAGAUCCAGUGUUCCAUGUAAUGAGCUGGUUGAUCUCUGUUCUGUCACAAAAGAUCUUAGAGGAAGAUAGCCAGUCAAUAUCAGAAAGGGAAAUAUUUGCAAUAAAAUGUUCAACAACACAUACUGUAGAAGGAAUAAAGACUUCAAAAAAAUAUCAUCAAAAUGUUAAUUACUUUACCCACACGCAGUCACACAUUUAUUUACAAAUUAGCUUUAUCUGUCAUUAACAAAUACACUUGAUACCGAAACAGAACUGGUACGGAAACACAUAUCUGAGAGAGAUACGUGGGACAAACAAAGACAAAGAAUCCGAUGUUUAAAUGAUCAAACUGACCUAAAAUGAAACUUUAGAGGAAUGUUACCUCCAGCUUAUAAGAAAGAGGAUGUGUGAGUUUCUCUGGUUAGCUUGUUGACGAGCUGCCAAGGCACCAUUCUCCUUUUCGUCAUCAGUACCCUUUCCUCCACAACCAACCCCUGGGUCUCACACCUUUCUGUAUUUUCCACUAUAAAUAGAGACACCCUAACCCACAAAGUGUGACAGUUGAAUAGUAGUUACAUUUUUUAAUUGUUUUCUAUUAUGAUAGAAACAAAAUGUGGUAUUACAACAAAGUUCAAAUACACUCCCCUGUCUGCAUUAACUCCGUUUGACGUGGGCCGGAAGAGAGAGUGUGUUGUUUGAGGUUUGUGUGGUGAGAAAUGAGUGAGAGAGAGAGCAUUAGAAACAUUGAAAUAACUGAUAUGCUCCAUCUUAUGUGAGUUUACCAGGGCCAUACUUUAAAACACACGCUCCUCCAUUACUCUGCAUCAGCCUACAGUGACAUACUCAUGAGACACAAAGGUUAUGCUAUGUAAGUCUAAGAUAAGAUGGAAAUGAAGUCCCCUGUAGCUCAGUUGGUAGAGCAUGGCGCUUGCAAUGCCAGGGUUGUGGGUUCGUUUCCCACGGAGG